AAAGAAAAAGAGAGCACUGCCUUAGAGAGAGUAGGUGCUGGACAGAGAAAAUAAACAAACGAUUGAAGCAGAAAUGUAUGCAGCUUGCUACAGAGUACAGAGGGAUUAAUUAUAUAGAUGCCUCUUUUCACGUCUGAGAGAGAGACACCAUCUGGCAAAUACUACAUUAUUCUAAUCCUUUCGUACAGAUAGAGAGAAGCAUCUUUGGUGGGGUGGUGCUGCUUCUGCAGAUUUUCUGAUCUCUAGGUGUUCGUCCUUUGUUUAGUUUAUUCUCUUGCUGCAAUGGUUCCCCCCACCCCUUUUUUUUGAGCUUUGCUGUGCUGAGAUUGAGUUCAAAGGAAGAAAGCUAGCACAGUUUCACAGAAGUAGAGGGGGGAAGUGCAAAACCCAAUGACUCAAACCCAAGAAGAAAGGUUUGGAAUUUGAGGCAAAUGUUUCAAUGCCCAGCUCGAGGCAAUCCUUCUGCGUCUCUUCCUCCUCUUCUUCUUUUCUUAUCGUUCUCUUUCAGUCCAUUUUUCUUUAUGGUUUAGCAUCCACUGCAAAUCAUGAAGCAUCUGUUCUCUUCUCUUGGCUUCAUAGCUCUGCUUCACCACCACCUCCAUCUUUCUCCAACUGGAACAUCCUUGACGCCAGCCCAUGCAAUUGGACCUUCAUAACAUGUUCCCCGCAAGGUUUUGUCACUGAGAUCAAUAUACAAUCCAUUCCUCUAGAGCUUCCUUUUCCUGCCAAUCUCUCUUCAUUUGCCCAUCUUCAGAAACUUGUCGUUUCUGAUGCCAAUCUCACUGGAACCAUCCCCGUUAACAUUGGUGACUGCUCUGCCCUCACGGUCAUUGACCUUAACUCCAAUAAUCUUGAAGGGGAUAUCCCUGCAAGUAUAGGUAAGCUUAAAAACUUGGAGAGCUUGUCUCUGAACACUAACCAGCUUACAGGAAAAAUCCCCAUUGAGCUAUGCAAUUGCAUUAGCAUGAAAAGUAUUCUCCUUUUUGACAACCAGCUAAGUGGUGUUAUCCCACCUAAGCUAGGAAAGUUGUCAAAACUUGAGGUUCUUAGAGCUGGAGGAAACAAAGAUUUGGUAGGGAAAAUCCCUGAAGAGAUUGGAGAUUGUAGCAAUUUGACUGAGCUGGGCCUGGCUGAUACUGGUAUUUCAGGCUCAUUGCCAGCUUCAUUGGGAAAACUGAGCAAGCUUCAGACUUUGUCCAUCUACACUACAAUGCUAUCUGGUGAGAUUCCAGCAGAGCUCGGUAACUGCUCUGAACUUGUUGAUUUAUUCCUAUAUGAAAAUAGUCUAUCCGGGUCUAUUCCAUCUGAGUUGGGUAAGCUUCAAAAACUGGAGCAAUUGUUUUUAUGGCAGAAUAGUCUUGUGGGAGCUAUCCCAGAAGAGAUUGGGAACUGUACGAGCUUGAAAAGAAUUGAUCUCUCUUUGAAUUCUCUAUCUGGUAGUAUACCUUUAUCUUUUGGGAAUCUGUUACAACUUGAGGAGUUUAUGAUAAGUGAUAACAAUGUGUCUGGGUCAAUACCUCCAAGUCUUUCAAAUGCCUCAUAUCUGCAACAACUGCAAGUUGACACAAAUCAGCUCUCAGGUUUGAUCCCCCCGGAGCUUGGGAUGUUAUCAAAGCUCACAGUUUUCUUUGCUUGGCAAAACCAACUUGAAGGAAGUAUUCCUUCUCCUCUGGCAAAUUGUAGUAACCUGCAAGCACUAGAUUUGUCUCACAACGAACUUACUGGUAGCAUUCCUGCCGGCCUAUUUCAACUUCAAAACCUUUCCAAGCUACUGUUGAUUUCUAAUGAUAUUUCAGGUUCAAUCCCAUCAGAAAUAGGCAGCUGUAGUUCUCUUAUAAGAUUGAGGCUUGGGAAGAAUAGGAUUACUGGCGGGAUCCCUAAGUCAAUUGGGAGCCUUAAAAACCUGAACUUUUUAGACCUCAAUGAGAAUCACCUUUCUGGGCAGGUCCCAGAUGAGAUUGGCAACUGCACGGAACUGCAAAUGAUAGACUUCGGCGAUAACAACUUAGAAGGUCCAUUGCCUAAUUCAUUGUCAUCACUAUCUUUGCUCCAAGUAUUCGAUGGAUCUUCUAACAGAUUUUCAGGUCAAAUACCAGAAAGUUUGGGCCGUCUUGUUUCGCUAAAUAAGCUAAUCCUGGGUAGAAACUUGUUUUCCGGGCCAAUUCCGGCAUCAUUGGGCCAAUGUUCAAGUCUCCAAAUGCUUGAUAUCAGCAGCAAUGAGCUCACAGGAAGCAUUCCAGCAGAGCUAGGUCAUAUAGAGACUCUUGAAAUUGCUCUUAAUCUCAGUUGCAAUUCUCUAAGUGGCCCAAUUCCAGAACAGAUCUCUGCUCUUACCAAGCUUUCUAUGCUAGACCUUUCUCAUAACCAGUUAGAGGGAGAUUUAAACUCACUUGCAGGGCUAGAUAAUCUUGUCUCUCUUAAUAUUUCCUACAACAAUUUCACAGGUUAUCUACCAGAUAAUAAGCUUUUUAGGCAAUUAUCAGCAAAGGACCUAAUUGGGAAUCAAGGGCUUUGCUCAUCUGGUCAAGACUCGUGCUUUGUGAGUGCUUCAAGCAUGACGCUGAAUGGAAGUGACGUGAGGAAGUCACAAAGGAUUAAGCUAGCUAUUGGUUUGCUAGUAGUCUUAACAGUGCUACUAACGAUAAUGGGAAUAAUUGCAGUGAUAAAGGCACGAAGAACCAUUAGAGAUGAUGACUCAGAACUAGGGGACUUAUGGCCAUGGCAAUUCAUUCCAUUCCAGAAGCUGAAUUUUUCAGUGGAGCAAGUGUUGAGACGUUUAGUCGAAGGAAAUAUAAUUGGAAAAGGAUACUCUGGUGUUGUUUAUCGAGCUGAAAUGGAUGAUGGUGAAGUCAUUGCUGUGAAGAAAUUGUGGCCUACACCAAUGGAUGUAGGAGACGGAUUCAAGGAUGAUAAAAGUGGAAUUCGUGACUCAUUUUCAACUGAGGUGAAAACCCUUGGCUCAAUCCGUCAUAAGAACAUUGUUAGAUUCUUGGGCUGUUGUUGGAAUAAAAACACAAGACUGCUGAUAUAUGAUUAUAUGGCAAAUGGAAGUCUAAGUAGUCUACUUCAUGAGAGGACAGGAAAUUGUCUGGAAUGGGAACUCAGGUACAGAAUUCUAUUAGGAGCUGCGGAAGGCCUCGCAUAUUUGCAUCAUGACUGUGUGCCUCCCAUAGUACAUAGAGACAUCAAAGCCAAUAACAUCCUCAUUGGCAUUGAGUUUGAGCCUUAUAUUGCAGACUUUGGCUUGGCUAAGCUAGUUGAUGAUGGUGGCUUUGGUCGGUCCUCUAAUACAGUUGCUGGUUCUUAUGGAUAUAUUGCUCCAGAAUAUGGCUACAUGAUGAAGAUCACAGAGAAGAGCGAUGUUUAUAGCUAUGGUGUUGUUAUGUUGGAAGUCUUGACGGGCAAGCAACCGAUAGACCCGACAAUACCGGAUGGCCAGCAUGUUGUUGAUUGGGUGAGACAGAAAAGGGGGGUUGAAGUGCUUGACCAGAGCUUACUGUCAAGACCAGAUUCAGAAAUAGAGGAAAUGAUGCAGGCAGUAGGCAUAGCCUUGUUGUGUGUAAACUCAUCCCCAGAUGAGAGGCCAACAAUGAAAGAUGUUGCAGCAAUGCUGAAGGAGAUUAAACAAGAAAGAGAAGAAUAUGCAAAAGUUGAUGCACUUCUAAAGGGAUCUCCUGCAAAUGACGUCAAGGCAACAUCUUCAUCAUUAGCAGCAGUGCAGAAUUUGUACCCAGAAGGCAAUAGUAAUAAUACAAUCUUCUCUGUAUCCUCACUGCUUCAUUCGUCUUCUUCCAGUGCCAAAGUAGGUUUGAAGUCAUGAAUUGCAUAUAUUCAUAGUUGGGGGGGGGGGGGGAACGGAAGCUUGUGUUCUUAUCAGUUCCUUUCUCAAUGUUUGUUAUUCUCCGUCAUGGUUAUUCAAUUAUAUAUAUGUAAAGUCUAAAGAGUCUGUUAUAGCAGAAAUGAAAGCUUCAAUCCAUAUCCAUCCAGCAAUUAUAGUUGUGGCUUUUGGAUUACUAUUGAUCUAUUUGCUGAAUAGCUUGUACUUUCUGAUCUCCAAGCUUGGAUUCAGAACAUGUCAGCA